AUGGAGAAUUUUGAUUCUAUUUCACAUUUAUCGCCGAUUGAUGAUAGUGUUUCUAAUAUAAAUACAAAUACAAAUUCAAAUUCAAAUUUUUAUAAAGAACUAGAUGAAUCCUUGGCAGACCAUACUCAUCCGAGAAAGACUGCGAGAACAGUGCCUAAUGAUGAAGCCAUUAAUAGUAAAGUUGAAGCAAGUAAUGUGAACUCUAGACGAAAUACAGGUACAAGGCUAGAAACAAAGCCAACUGUUGAUGAACAAGAUAAUCUAUGGACUGAAAUCGAUGCUCUUGAUGAUGUUAAAAGAAUAGCAGAAGAGACCAAUUUUUUCGAUGGAUUUUCACCCCAAUUAGAAGGUCAGUUACAAAAAAUAAGGGAAUCUCAUAUAAAAUUACUACAGACCAUGAGAGAAAGAAAUACAAAACUUGAAGAAAAGCAAAGGCGGGAAGCUAAUGUUCAACAAACUAAAGAUAUCGAUCGUACUGUAGAAGAAAUGGCGAUUUCACCGAUGAGUUCAAUCAAUACAUAUAAGGACACAAUAAGUAAAUUGAUUAGCAGAACCAGAACAAAGGAUAGAGAUAGUGUCAAACUAACUAAAACAGCUACUGAUAAAACUGAAGAUUUGGCUAGCGGUAAUGUUGUAUCGCAUACUAACACUAACUCUGGAAACAAUAACAAGUUUAGUGAGUAUAGUUCUGGAAAUAAUGAAGAAAUGGGUAUUUUUGAAGAAGAUAAAUAUAUUCAGGAAAUGGUUAAUAUCAUUAAAGAUUUGAGGGCAUGA